AUGAUUUUUAUCUUAAUUCUUUUGCAUGUAGCAGCAGUGGCAUGCAACAAGAGCUUAUGCCUGGACCAAGCCGAUCCGCUUUCUAUCAACAGCCGUCAAUGGAUCGAAUGUCCGUUCGUCUCACAUCAAAACGAAAAACGAUCGUCUCAGUCUGCACCUUUUACUGUAACAUUUCAUUGCUUUGACCUGGCGCCUGAUGAUUGUAUUAAAGCAGAACGAGCAUUCAAGAAAGCAGGAGAUAUGUUGUCGAGCUAUAUUGUGUUUAAUGAACCAGUCAGGGUCAAUGCAACAUUGGUCUCAUUCUGUAAACAGUUGACUCAAUGUGAUGAUAACAGCACUUUGGGUGGCUCUUUACCGUUAAGAUCGAUGCCGCUCAUGAACCGUGAUGGUGUUGUACGAUUACAUCCGCAAGCCCUCGUCAAGCAGCUUCAGCUAAGUCACCAUCCUGCCUAUGCACCUUUUGAUAUACAAAGUCUGUUCAAUGCAGAUGCACCUUUUUGGUUUGAUGCAAACGAUGUGCCCAUCGCAGGACAUCAAGCUGAUUUUACAUUUGUUAUACUUCACGAAUUGAUUCAUGGCUUAGGCUUCUACUCAGGAUGGAGCGAUUAUCUCGUCCCAGACGCACUGACACCUUCCAUUGGUGCACUAAGCACAGACAUGAAUCUCCAGUUUAUGGAGUCAGCGAUGGAUCGGUUGUUGUACAUUCUUCAAGACGCGACGCCAACGUCCACAAUCAGUCAGAACCUAGACGCCAUGGUGAUUACGGAUGAGCUUUUGAAAACGCCUGCGUCGGAUAUGUACCGACUAGCCACCACACCACACACCCUCGGCCUGAUCAUGGCCAAUCAUACCUUGGUGUUAGAGACAGGUCUCACUCCAUUCCGAUCUGGAUCAUCGUUAUCGCACGUCGCGCAGGACAUUUACAAAAACACACCUGAUUUUCUUAUGCGGUUCAGCCAAGAACGUGGUGUGUCGCUAUCGGAUGCCAUGACAAGAGUAGGAACAGCAAGUCCUCUAGGGCCAGCCACACUAGCCGUGCUAGAUGAACUCGGAUACACUGUCAUUGAUCAGACACAAAUCAACAUGAACUAUAAACAUACAUCACAAGGAGAAAGAAAUUCGCUCGUCUGGCUUGUUUUCUUAGUCACGGCCGUCUUUUCUUUUCAUUUGUUAUUAAAAUAA